CUCAUCCCGGCAUCCUGAGGGGAGGUAAUUUGCACGGAUCAAGGGGGCAAGGCGCCGCAAAGUAUAAAUACUGUGACUUCAAUAGAGGAUCACCAGCAGGUUCCCUACUCCGCUACCAAAGGAGGGAGGAAUUGGCUGAGAAGAUAUAUUCUUUAUAUUUUUUUUACUACAUUUUUCUUCCAGAGUUGGCAGCAUCGCCUCGUACCGGCGAAUUGUUCUCCAGGGUUCGACUUUAAAACGAGCCACAUCAUUGAUGUCUUAAGCAGUCGUGGAGCAAAGGGAGAGAGUGUGUGUGAGAGAGAGAGAGUGAGUGAGUGAGGGUGUGUGGUGAUUUUUUUUUUUUUUUUUUUUUAAGAGGAGAGAAGGUAGUGAUGGAAGAGCUCACCGCUUUCGUAUCUAAGUCGUUCGAUCAGAAAGUGAAGGAGAAGAAGGAAGUGAUAACCUACCGGGAGGUGCUGGAGACUGGGUCGACGCGAGCGGGAAGCAGGGAGUCUUUAACCGCGGAGCCCGGGAGCCGAGAGGAGGCUGCAGCCGUCCCCCGGAUCGGUGCGCUCUCGCCGGGCAGGGAAACGGACAUGCUCGGCCCGGAAAGAAUCAGGGAUGGCGGGAGCCCCAAACUCACAGACGGCAUCACGGACGUGAAGGAGAGGAAAGAGGACUCGAAGCCUCUGGAGGACGAGGCACAGACCAAAAUCAAACAGAGGAGAAGUCGGACUAACUUCACAUUAGAGCAGCUCAACGAGCUGGAGCGGCUCUUCGACGAGACCCACUACCCGGACGCCUUCAUGCGGGAGGAGCUGAGCCAGCGGCUGGGACUAUCGGAGGCCCGAGUGCAGGUUUGGUUCCAGAAUAGAAGAGCCAAAUGCAGAAAGCAAGAGAACCAAUUACAUAAAGGAGUCCUGAUUGGAGCAGCGAAUCAGUUUGAAGCUUGUCGCGUUGCGCCAUAUGUCAACGUGGGGGCUUUGCGGAUGCCAUUCCAACAGGAUAGUCAUUGCAACGUGCCGCCCUUCUCCUUUCAGGUGCAGGCGCAACUGCAGCUGGACAGCGCCGUGGCCCACGCGCAGCACCACCUGCACUCUCACCUGGCGGCGCACGCGCCCUACAUGAUGUUCCCGGCUCCGCCGUUCGGGUUGCCCCUGGCAACGCUGGCGGCCGAGUCCGCCUCCGCCGCCUCCGUCGUGGCGGCCGCCGCCGCCGCCAAGAACACCAGCAAGAACUCCAGCAUCGCCGACCUGAGACUGAAGGCCAAAAAGCACACGGCCGCGCUGGGACUGUGACGCCAGGUGGACCGGGGGACAGGCGACGCACGCGCGUUACCCGGCGCGUCACCGAGACCGAGGCACGCGGCACACGAACGCUUUGGAGGCGAAGAAAAAAAAGGACGAUAUUUAUGUUUUCUUUUUUAAACGAAGGACCACGAGCAUACCAAUAAAACAAAUAUAUAUAGGUUAUUUAUGAGACAAUGGAAGGAAGAAUGAGAAGAAGACGCUGUGACGUGAUAGCGCAAACACAAAUGUGAUCUUUGGACGCCCGAUCAAGCGGCGGAUGGGAUGGAUGGCAUGGCUACGUUGGCGGGGGGCGUG